UCUCGCGAGAGGGAGGGCGGGAAAUCUCGCGAGAGGAAGGGGCCGUGAGGGGACCCGGAGGGAGCUCGGGCCCAGCCCGGGAAUCGCGGCAGGAACCGCGACAGAGACCGGGAAAGGGACCGGGAGGGACACCGGGAACGGCAGCGGGUCACAGACUGACAGCCGGGAGCGGCGCACGGACAGGAACAGGCCCCGGCGGAGCCAGGCCGGGUCGCGGCCUCAGAGCGAGCGGAGCCUGAGGGGCCCCCCCUCAGCCCCUUUGAAGCCCCCCUAGACCUCCCGGGACCCCCAAACAUGUCGGACAGCGACGACAGCAACUUCUCGGAGGACGAGAGCGAGCGGAGCAGCGAGGGGGAGGAGGGCGAGGAGGGCGAGGCCGAGGAGCAGCGCGGGGGCAGCGGGAAGGAGGAGGAGGAGGGAGAGGAGGAGGAGGAGGAGGAGGAAGAGGAGGAGGAGUACGACGAGGAGGAGGAGGAGGAGGAAGAUGAUGAUCGGCCCGCCAAGAAACCGCGGCACGGGGGGUUCAUCCUGGACGAGGCCGAUGUGGACGAUGAGUACGAGGAUGAAGAUCAGUGGGAGGAUGGAGCUGAGGACAUCCUGGAGAAAGAGGAGAUCGAAGCCUCCAACAUCGACAACGUGGUGCUGGACGAGGAUCGUUCUGGGGCCCGGCGGCUCCAGAACCUCUGGAGGGACCAGCGGGAGGAGGAGCUGGGCGAGUAUUACAUGAAGAAAUACGCCAAGUCCUCGGUGGGGGAGACGGUUUAUGGGGGCUCGGAUGAGCUGUCGGACGACAUCACCCAACAGCAGCUGCUGCCCGGGGUCAAGGACCCCAAUCUCUGGACUGUCAAGUGCAAGAUUGGGGAGGAACGAGCCACGGCCGUCGCCCUCAUGCGCAAGUUCAUCGCGUACCAGUACACGGAGACCGUGAGUGCUGGGGGCACUGGGGGGCACUGGGGCUGUACUGGGGGCACUGGGACU